AGUCACAGGAUUCCCACUUUUGAGGCUAAGGGAUGCCCGUUUUCCCAGGUUUUCCUGCCUCUUCCAGCCUCAUCCUCGGCGUCUCCGUCGGGUUCCAAGUGGAAAGUUGAGGGUCUUUUGGGGGUGAAGAUUGUUCCGUGUUCGCAGUUCUGGAUGUCCGCUUUUGUGGAGUUCGUUGGACCGCUUCGCGAGAGGACCCCCAAAAUAGGAUGGAACAAGGCGAUUCUGAGCAGUCGUGGAACAAGUGAUGUGUCUCCAAGUAGAACCGAUUGAACAUGGAACAUGGAAAGGUUUUGAAUAAAUAAGGACAUCUGCAGUCAAAACAAAGAAGACUCUCUUCCUUCAACAAUCGUGGAUGAUGUUCUCAUAAAAAGCAACAAGGUCCCGCCCGUAUCAUCCCUUCCAACCUCACCACGCUCAAUGAAGAGGUCCUCAAAAGGGAGGCCAUAGUGCACACCACACAGAGGCCCAAUUGACAACAAUGGAGCCUAAGGGCGAUACAACCGCGCCUUGGCCUUUGUCUCAGUAGCCCUCCAAUAGCAUCGACUACUCUGGUACUGCCAUCAAUUUCGGGACCAUUGAAUCUAAAGAUGACUGCCUUCACCACCACUUCGCCGUGAAACGAGUAGGGACUUGAAUCCUAAGAUGGCUUUGGACUUGCUCUCUAGUGUGCGUUAUCUGCUUAAAACGGAGGAUAUCAGUAUCGAUAAUUGGAUAUUUCGGUUGCAUUAUCGAAUCACGGUGCUCAUCCUCCUGACCAGUUCCGCUGUUGGGGUGGCUAAACAAUACUUUGGAGACCCAAUUAAUUGUCAGACUGCCAGUGGCGUGAGUUCGAAAGUGAUGGACGAUUAUUGUUGGAUCCAUUCCACAUUUCAUGUCAGAAGCGAAUAUCAAGGCAACGUGGGUUGCAUCUUGGACACUUCUCUGUCUGAGAACUCGGCCAUCCAUUUGGUGGCCUCCAACACUCCCGAUACGGCCUUUUACCAAUGGGUGCCCUUUACUUUGGUCUUCCAGGCUCUUAUUUUUUACAUUCCGAGAAAGUUAUGGAAAUCCUUUGAAGGCGGUUUGAUGGAAGCUUUCGGAUCGGACUCCAAACAAAGCUUGAUGCUAAGCACCGUGGACGAAGUGUCCUUGGAGGAUGUGGAUUCGAUCCUGGUCAGAGAGACCGUUGCCAAAAAGUACGCCAACUUCUUCCAAAGCACCCUUCAUCAUAACAACGGAUACUUCUUACAGUAUUUCAUCUGUGAGGUGCUCAACUUCUUCAUCGAUGUGUUCAACAUUUUCUUUACGGACAUGUUCCUCGGGGGUCGGUUCCUUCGUUAUGGUUCCCAAGUGAUGAAGUUCUACAUGCAUUCUCAUGCCGAACGCCGAGAUUUGCCCAACCCAAUGUGCACAGCCUUUCCCACCGUCACCAGUUGCACGUUCCACAGUGUGGGAACAGCGGCCGGCGAGCAGAAAUUCAAUUCUCUGUGUGUUCUCUCGCUCAACAUCAUCAACGAAAAGAUCUAUUUGCUACUCUGGUUUUGGUUCUACUUCCUGACACUUCUCACCGGAUGUCACCUUGUGUAUAGGCUAUUCGUCAUUUUGAUUCCAUUCACGCGGUCCUUUUUGCUCUUGGUUCGGGCUCGAAUGUUUUCCACCUCAGACCGGAAGACGGUCCAAAGGAUCCUGUCGAGAUGCUAUCUGGGUGACUGGUGGGUCUUGUACCAAUUGGGACGGAAUUCCAACACCCAUUUCUACCGAUAUCUGUUGCGCUACUUGGAAAAUACCAUGUAUGUCAAUAUCAGGAACGGAGAACAUCCCCGGAAACGUCGUCUCCGCCAGAGGUCGUCCUCGCAUCUGCGGGAUGCCGAGGACGAUUCCACCACGCCCUCUGGUGACGAGAAAAACGGCAGUGGAACUAUGCGCCGGCGACCUCACGGAGGUCGAGCACACACCAAGAUCGGAAUGCCAUAUAAUAUCUAACCUUCAUAUCCAAGAAUGUCCUUGGUCCGCACGUGCGGCCUAAUAAAACGCCUCCAACCAACUGAAUUCUUACUUGCGAUU